AUGGCCCGCCAACGACGAUUUGAGCGCAUCUAUGAUGAUGUAGAACCAGUGGAAGAAUACAGACUUGGAGGUUACCACCCGGUGCUUCUUAGAGAUAUUCUCCAUAGCCGGUAUAAAGUCAUCCGGAAGCUUGCUUACGGUCAAUUCUCUACCGUUUGGCUCGCAAGGGAUCUCGAAAAUUCUUCUUACGUCGCUGUGAAGAUUCUCAAGGCCGAAGCUUCCAUUCUAGAGGGGCCCACAGAGCUGAGCAUCUUAGAGGCCAUCCGAGCAAACGCCCUCCAUUGUCCAGGUGGCCAACAUGUCGUGCAGAUUCUUGACUCAUUUAAUCACGAAGGUCCAAACGGGGCUCACCUUUGCCUUGUGUUUCCGGUUAUUGGGGGGGACGCACAAGCCCAUGCACGGCUGCUUCCAGAGAGGCGUUACCCAUUACCAGUGUCUAAAUCUCUAUCAAAACAAGUCACUCAAGGUCUACAGUUUCUCCAUGGCUGCGGCAUUGUUCAUGGUGAUCUCCAACUAGGAAACAUUAUUUUUGCAGUGUCGGCUGCUGAUAUUGAUGAUGCAUUGAGCCAGCCUAGCACUACUCUUUGCAAGGUGAAGUGGAGGAAUGGAGUCAAACGCGACCAGAGUGCCCCAAGACAUCUUUACAUUCCCGAGCCGAUAAUCGAUCGUUCAUUAAUUAGUGGCCAACCUGGGCAUAAAGUUUUGGUAGCAAUCACUGAUCUGGGAGGAGUCCCUCGAGCACUGCGUGCUCCGGAACUUAUCUCUGGGAGAUCUAACGUUUCAGAUAUUAGAACAGAGAUUUGGAAUCUAGCCUGUCUAAUCUUCGAGCUCAUCUGUGGGGAGCCACUCUUCUGCUUAAGCACGUUCGGACUAUCGACUAAGCAAAUCGACGAGGAGCACCAGCAAAUGGUAGAAGAUAUUGUUAAACCUGCACUUGACCAAGAGGCUGCGAUAUCUGAGUUUGCAGCAUACUUAGACAUGCGCACACAUGGUCGACUCGGUGAUGAUGUUCUGCCAUUGGCUAGGAUACUCCGCCACUCCAUGCUGGUCGAGCCAGAGCAUCGGAAAGAUGCGUUCGAGUUGCUCAGUGACCCGUGGUUUAAAGCUAUUUGA